AGCUUCAAACCGGUCCAAACCAAUCGGUUUAUAAAGCAGAGAGUCUUAUUAUAAUUCCCGCUGGUCAACAAGACGCUAUCUUAAAGGUCAGCUCUUGAUGCCAUUCUCUCUGUCGACGACAACCACCAUUCUCAGAUCUCCUAAUCCAAACUUUAGAAGAUCGAGAAAAUCGAGAAUGUCGACGCCUCCUGUUCUCUCGCUUGCUCUGCCUUCAGACACUGGUCGUGUUCUUAGUAUCCAAUCUCACACUGUACAGGGAUAUGUUGGUAACAAGUCAGCUGUGUUUCCUCUUCAAUUGUUGGGGUAUGAUGUGGAUCCAAUCAACUCGGUUCAGUUCUCCAACCAUACAGGGUAUCCUACAUUCAAAGGACAGGUUUUGAAUGGUGAACAAUUGUGGGAGUUGAUUGAAGGCCUUGAAGCUAAUGAUUUAUUGUUCUACACUCACUUAUUAACAGGCUAUAUUGGAUCUGUAUCUUUUCUGAAUACAAUCUUGGAGGUUAUCAAUAAGCUUCGUUCUGUAAACCCGAAUCUUACAUAUGUAUGUGAUCCGGUGAUGGGUGAUGAAGGAAAGUUGUAUGUACCUGAAGAAUUGGUGCAUGUUUAUCGUGAGAAGGUAGUUCCCCUGGCUUCUAUGUUGACUCCUAACCAGUUUGAGGCAGAGAAAUUAACAGGACUAAGGAUAAAUUCUGAGGAAGAUGGCAGAGAAGCUUGUGCUAUUCUUCAUGCAGCUGGUCCUUCAAAGGUGGUGAUCACUAGCAUUACUAUAGGAGGCCUGCUAUUGCUUAUUGGAAGCCACCAGAAAGAAAAGGGGCAGAAGCCUGAGCAAUUCAAGAUUUUGAUAGACAAAAUUCCUGCGUAUUUUACGGGAACAGGAGAUCUCAUGACUGCUCUUCUACUUGGUUGGAGUAAUAAAUACCCUGACAGUCUUGACAAGGCUGCCGAGCUUGCAGUUUCAACGUUGCAGGCGCUUCUGCGAAGGACGCUUGAUGAUUACAAACGAGCUGGGUAUGAUCCCACCUCAAGUAGCUUGGAGAUUAGAUUGAUACAGAGCCAGGACGAUAUUCGAAACCCAAAUGUUGAACUGAAAGCUGAGAGAUACAGGUGAAGCAGGUGAAAAAAUGUAACAUAUUUUUAUCUUAAAAUAAGAAAACAUAGAUAUGUUUAUGAGGGUAAGUUAGUUGUGAGAUCUCCUUUUUGGGGAUACAACUGUACAAUUCUUUUAUACAAUAUAAUACAGUUCAGACUUCA